AUGGGGAAUUCUACUCAUGGGGAGAGUUUUACAGAAUCGAAUCAUCCGCUUGAGUUGAAAAUUCUUUUUUACGCUGCGUUUGUUGUUUCGUUGCCGUUAACCGUUGUAGGUAAGCUUUAUUCUACUACAUACUGUGGUAAAGUAGUGGUCUACUAAGUUCAUUGUAAGUUCCUGACAGAACUAAGCGAAUUUUACUAAGAACAAAGAUGGGAAAUGAACAAUGGAAAUUUUCUGUAUGUAUCCUGAAAGGAGAUAACUUUCCCCUUAUUAUAAACUAAGACAGCGGCCUUUAUUAGUUUUACUCGCAUUAAAUUCCUUGAUUGUAGUCCGGGCACAAACCAAAUGUUAGUGCAAUAGUAGAAUAUUGCCAGCAUUCCUUAUCCGUUUUCAAGAACGCCCUCAAAUCAAAGUUUAUUUAGACCUUCAAACUGAAUAUGUACGGUAACUCUAUUUCUUCCGCAAGUGUGAGACUUUGAUAUAUAUACUUUCUAUUCCCGGGUUUAUAAGAAAACGAACGGGAAAUUAUCGGAUCGAUUUUUCCGCAGUAACAAUUCGCAUCUCGUUUAUGGGGUCCGCUAGCAAGAAAGAAAGAUAUCGAAGAGACAGAUCUCUGGUCUCUUUUUACAAAGUACCUUCAGAUGAUUUUUAUGCUCAAGCUGAGUAAACAGAUGUUAGCAAUGAAAAGCUGUUUUAUCUCGCCACAACAGUACUCCAUUUGGCAGUCUUAAAUUCAGACUCGCACUGCGAUUUCUGAAAAAAUAAAAUACAUUUGAAAUGAAACUACAUGAAAAAAAUGUGUUGUUGUUAUUGGUGAUAGCUUUUCAGUUAUUUCAUCUGGUGUGCCAAAUUAUAUUUUGAAUUUGAUAUUAUUUCCCUGAAUUAAAAUUAAGCGCCAAACAGUUUCAAAUGGGGAAAAAGUGUGAUUGUAAAUUCUCAGGUCAAAUAUCCACAGAUAAUAUGUGUUUGUCAUUUGCGGGCAAAGCAAAUCAGGAUUAAUCAAUUUCAAUAAUAAGACACCUAUCGACUUGAAUGUUUACGUCACCAAUGUCACCUCCAACAUCGAUUUGUAUUUUUUCCUUAUUUUCGUCUUAAUAUGGUCUUUUUCGGCUUUGUAACCUGUAUGGUAAUGAAUAUUGCACACAAUUUAAUAGAUUAAUUUUAGUCUAACUGCAUAACCGUCCCAACAGCCUGAAGUUUUAAUAUCCGUGAUAUCCGUGAGAACUUUAGGCAACUGAAGACGCGUGAGAUUUAAAUGUAUCAUCGGCUGUCUUCUCCAAUUAUCUUUUUACUUAAUCAGGAAACUCUAGAUGAUUCAUGUUUUGGUGGUCCUUGCUUUCUAUUCAAAUGUUUGCGGCGCUCGCAGAAUACUCUACCUACCUACAGAAGCGCUUUCCGGGGGCACUCAAGAGAAGUUUGGGAAGGGGUGUCAAACUAUUAAAACAGGGUGGCUGAUUUCACUACCCUGUAAAUGAUUGACAAUCAUUUUAAUUUUUCAAACCUUUAUUUCCAACGAUCCUUCAGUUUUAUUUUAAUUAUUCUUUUAGCCCAUGUAGAAAGUUUCACUUGCAACCAAAUUAUCGAGCAAACUGGAAGAAAUAUAUUUUUGGUUUAUUAUUUGUUUACUUGUUCAUCGCUGUGCCAUCAAAAUCAGUUGGCUGUUUAAUAUACUGCAUGAAGCUGUUUGUACUGAUUUGACGUCCAAAACUGAGAGAGAUCUCGACCGGCACCAGUCAACAGUUUGUCGCUGUGGACUUUCUGCUAUAUAUCAACUUUAACCGAACAUACCCGUCAAGGCCUAUUAGGGAAGUCCCCCCGGAUGGCGUUUUCAACGUCAGCACAAGAUGAAAACAGCUGAUGAAUCAACGAAGCAACUUGUCCAAAUAAUCAGUGAAUACUCCGAGUAUUUUAAACUUAUUGAAAACUCAGAAACAGUGACGUUCUUGUCAAAAAAUGACAGAAAAUAGCAAAACCUCCAUUUAAAAUUUGAGAAGUUUUAUUAAAGAUAGAAUAGAGUUGACAUACGCCUUAUAUGUUUAAAUAAAACAAAAUUAAAACAAAUGCCCGAUUGAUUGAAAAUGACAAAAAACCCGAAUACGAUAUCUUAGGAGGAAAUUAUUUCGGAAGAUUAAGGUUGUGUAGAUGAUGAAAUAGGCAAUUUGGUUGUCGGCUCAACUCAUUGAUAUCGUAGAUUUGAGGACUAUGAUAAGGGAAAUUAGCAUUUAGAAUCAUUCUCUCAUUGCCGGUCCAUCCUGGGACAAAUUUGAUCAGAUUGCAUUGCAUCAUUCGAAUUCUAAACGAAGAUUGUAUCUUCUUUGAAUUCGUCCUUCCCAGCAUUCCAUACGACCCUUACUUCUUUUCUUUAGCCGUCUAAAUCCGCCAAGCUCGUCCCCAGGGUCUUCUCGAUUUCCAGUAACUCGAUUUCCAAUAUGGCGGCGGCCGCUGCUUCAAUGGAAAUCGAGAAGACCCUGGGGACGAGCUUGGCGGAUUUAGACGGCUAAAGGUACCCAGGUUAACUACCAUUUCGUCGUACUCAAUAAUUAUUAUGUUAGUGAACGAAAAAUUGCGUAACUUUACAGAACGAUAUUUUGUACCACUGAAUCUAAACUGUAUGAUAGUUAACUCACUCGUAAUAAUUUAAAUCUCACUUUAAUUAAUUUCGUCAUUAUAUUAAUUGAAGGUAACCUCUUUAUGCUAGGGAAUGGUUUCGUUAUUGUAGCAGUUAUCCUCAAUAAGAAGCUUCGAUCAGCUACCAAUGCUUUGAUAGUGAGCCUGGCCUUCGCUGAUCUUCCGGUGGGCGUGGUUAUUUUUCCCUUAAUAUCUGUCACUCAGGUAUAUGGUCCAGACCUGUCUUAUGGUCAGCAGCUAUGUCACACAACCAUAUUCCUUACAGAAGUGUUCUUGAGUGCAUCGUGUCUUCAUUUGCUUUUCAUUAGUGUGGAUAGAUAUUUAGGUAAGACAAACAAAACAGAGUAAAUAUAGACUAAUACUUAACUAAAGCGAUACUUUCAAUGUAACGGUCAAUGGCUCCUGGAAUAAUUUUUUGAUGAUGAGCCAGUCAAGUAUCUGCACUUAAAUGCGGAUGUAUGCGCCCUGUGAACCUUGUAUCAUUGCAAAAUACUACUGCAGGUUCUAAUGGGCUAGAAUGUGCGCUCCGACAGAUCACACGAAAAGGCACUCAGUAAAAACGACACCCGACACUUGGGGCCGGGGCGCGGCAUCUCAUACAAUGCACGACAGCCCAACCCGUAUAGUAGAAAUAUGAGAGGAAUAUGUUACGACAAUACAUAUAGGAUUUAAAAGUCUUUUGCCUGAAAAGUUCAUCAACCUUUCAAUGUACGUACGUACGUACAGUAGAAAUCUGGUAACUCAAACUCUGAAGGGAAACGAAAAACAGUUCGAGUUAGCGGGGAAUUCGAGUUAAUUUAUCGGGAUAAAUUUCAAUGAAAUUUGGAUCAAGGGAAACUGGAAAUUUAGUUCGAGUUAGCGGGGAAUUUGAGUUAUCCGAGUUCGCCUAUCCAAGUUCUACUGUAUAAUAGAUGUGUUCUUUGUUGCCGCUAUGACGGCUGGGAAGGGUGGAAAACUUCCCCUUCCUGAGUUCGGAAGCAAACAGGCAAACGGGAUUCACUCCGACUCUGCAAAAUUUAACAAUCUGAAAAUAAUAUUUUGAUUCUUCUUAGCAAUAAAUAACGCUUUACGCUACCAGGCUAUAGUCACAACCAGACGCGUGGCUUAUGUGAUCGGCUUUAUUUGGACUCUGUCUCUUGUGGUGUCUGUAUUUCCGUACCUUGGCUGGCGAGAUGUCCGUCCUCGUAUUCAAGGAGGGUACUGCCAGUAUCACCUGCAUCUCGCGCCAAGCUACAUCCUCUUUCUACACGUUACUGUCUGCCUGACACCGCUGACCAUCACCUGCCUGGCUUAUUGUAAGAUAUUUCAAGUGGCGCGGCUUCAGGCUCAUAAAAUUGCUUCUAUGACGGUGAGAUGCAGGAUACAAUGCUGCUUCUUUGUUUUUGGGAGAGGAAUAGGGGUCUGGGAACCCGGGAGAAGUGUACGGGAAGUGGUAGAGGAAAGGACGGGAAGCGGUGGGAGUUGUAAAUGGGUGGAAAGUGGGAGGAAAGUGGAAAUUACGUAAUAAUGUUCAAGAAUUCGCAAUCGAAAAAAGUAAAAAAGGGAGAAGCCAAACAGAAAAAAAAGGAGGAUGGCUCCUCAUUAGAAUAUACUUGUGCGGUGAUCUAGAGUGAGUUAACUUGAUUUUACUAACCGUAUUUCCUCGAAUAAGCACAUGGGCGCUUAUUUCAGCCAAAAAGGAUGGGCGUUUAAUCGAAAGGUAGGGCCGCUUAUUACGUUUUCCUUUACACGAACUACAGAAUGGUCUAGUUGUUCCUGAGAAAAGUGCACGACAAUAGGACAAAAAUUAAAAGAGGAGAUGACGCACAUAAAGGAACUCUGCAAGCACAUGGAUAUAGAAAUAAAUGGAAGUGACAUAAUGAAAAAGACGGACUUUAUAUUCGCCGUUACUGAUUCCUCUAUAGUCGAAGCCGAAACUGUUACAUAGAGAGUGCGUUUUCCUUUUAUGACCUAUUAUUAAUUUGAUAAAGUGAGGGGGAGGGGGGCACAGUAUUCAAGAGGGGGCGCUUACUGGAUAUUAUGACCUUAAUCCGUUAAACAACUUACAAGAAAUAAUGACGAAAAGUUACAAGUAAUCAGAAGAAAACGAUGAAAUAUAAAAAUAUUAUAAUUGAACCAAUGGCCAGUGUCAGGUAAUAACUGAAGAACCAUCAUUCUGAAUUGCAUCCGCGGUAUGUUGGACGCCGCCACCCGUUCUGUAGUAACUUAGGAUGAUUAGUGUAACAACAACGAUAAACACGAGAUUUUGGGUCAGUAACAGUAGUUCAACGCCUCUGCUUGGUACCCUCAGGUGAAAAGCUAAGCCGCUUUCUCAUUUAUGACAGUGAAAUAUUUAAGUGAUGACAGUAAUGCCAGUCAGGCUGAUUUAACAACAGAACAGGAACGUUAGUUGACGACGGCGUGCGCAAAUCAAACAACUGAGUAAUGGCAGAGCGGCAAAUUGGGCACCGGAAGUCGAGUUUAGUCCCUCCCGGUUCGCGCUUUCCCGUCGUCAAAUGACCUUCCCAUUCUGUUGCUAAAUCAGCCCAAUAAUUUGAUGACUUUUCGAUACCGAAGUCUUAACUUUCAUUGUCCUUUUCUUCAUAGGUAGGCGGAACUGAGCAGGAAAAACGGCGAAGAAAGUUGGAUAAGGAGCGAAAAAUCACUCUUUCCGUGGCAAUUGUCGUUGGAGUCUUUAUUCUCUGUUGGGGGCCGCUCAACAUCAUGCUUAUCAUCUACUGCGCAUGUCAGAGCUGCGUCUCGUCCAUCGCGAUAGAAUCCGCCGAAGUGUUCUCGAUGCUCAACUCGGGAUGUAAUCCGCUAAUAUACGGGACCUUUAACAAAGACUUUCGGAAAACAUUCAAGGCGAUCGUGCGGUGCCAGUGGCGUCAAAUGAACCGAGAAGACAUCGAAGGGACAAGCAACAUGAGUAUGACUGCGUCACGUGGUUCAGUCGACAGAGUGAAAUAGGGAAAAAGCUAGCCUGUUCCAGAAAAAAAGCAAACAAACAAAAAACAAAGCGAGCGAAGCAAUAGUUAAGAUUGAGGAGAGCCGCUCUUCUCAAUUUCCCCUUCUUCGUUUUCCCCCCCCCCAAUCUCGCUCUCCAAAUAUAUCUGGGUCGGGUUGUUCAAACCUGAAUUAAUAUGACCCAUGGGCAGAGGCCUGAGAAUGAAAUUUAAAGUUCAAUUUGUUCAUUGGAUGCUCUACAAAGAAUUAGAGAAAAUGACACGAUUAAAUGCGUUUGAACGAGACAAAAAAAACCCGGAUUAAAAUUUAGCCCUCGGUUUUUUUUUUUUGCGUUAAAAACUGGGGACCCUGAACACUGAUCUCGCAACCUCGCCAAAUGAGGACGAAGCUCCGUCUUUGUCGUAUUGACCCGAUCUGUUGUCAACAAAAGCAAAGGUUAUCUUGUUACACCUGGGACAAGCUAUGGGAAAGUGGUUAAUGCUUUUCUCUCUGCACUGAGUGCAUCUCUGCACUGAUCAUGAGUGCUCGGCCGGAUUUCAAAUCUGGCGGCUAGUGCUAUCAGCCGGAAAGAACACUGAAAACUGGUUGCGGCGGAGCAAUCGGAUUUUUUCGGCCAUGGAUAAACUGAACUUUGUAUUAUCAGGUGUUCUCAGUGUUAAUAAAGAUAAUCUGGCUUUGAGAGAACUAUUCCUUUUUACUCUUUAAAAACAUUAAAACGGUUGGCAUCUCUUAAAGGGAAAGAUUUGUUAACCGCGGUAACAGAUAAUCCGCAGCAUGUAAACCACCUCAUUAAAAAGCAACUUCAAGGCAAACGCCAAACAAUGUUUAUAAGCCGCCUUUUUUCCAGUUGUUAUUUUAAGAUUGAAAGGUUCAAUUAAUCAGUUAAAUACAGUAUAAAACUCUUUUAUUUUCAAGCUGAGAUCACCGUUGCGUAUCGGAAUUCAUUAUUCCCCUUAGCAACUGUCGUAGCAUAACACAAAGGUCAAUAAUAGUUGCUCAAUUUGCGAAACAAUACUGUGGCUUCAUAAAUCCGCAAUUUGUUGUUAAGUUUAUUGGGCAGAGGAGGUUCAAGGAGGUAAUAUUGGACUUCAAGUCAGAACACGCAACAUCACGAGAUUGAUUCUUACACACACCAUGAAGGGUACUUUGACGACUCCGAGUAUGUUAAGGCUGAAGGAGUCAAUAUGCGAUGGACGAAUCUACCAGACGAGGCAUCUACUAGAGAGCGGAGUGGACGUGAACUUUGCAGAUGAAGAAGGAUUAACUCCUCUCAUGCGCGCCGCCCAGCUACCGGACGAAAAAUCCCGAACGCGUCACAAUUUGCUGAAACUUUUAUUGCAGCAUGGUGCGAAUGUAAACACCAUUGAUCAACAAGGUAGACAUGUGUUAUCUCACGCCUGUAUGAACGCGAAAGAAGACAUUGUCCGACUUAUUUGUACCGUGGCAGAUCAGGAUGUCGAUUUAAAUCUGCAGGAUCUUGACGGGAAUACUCCACUAAUGCAUUCUGUCAGAACGGGUAACGUCGACUUGGUAAAGUUUCUUCUUAAUGAGUUGAAAAAAUUUCAAGUCGACAUUGACGUUAGGAAUCACGAAGACAGAACUCCUUACUUAGAAGCUAAACGACUCGGUCACGAAAAUUGCGCGAAGAUUUUGCUGACCGAAGGUAAUGCAUCAGCGAAUAUUCAAGUGAACCCUUUCUUGGAGUUUAUUUCUUCCAAGGAUGAGCCCCCUUUAAAAGGCCAAGUUCGUAGCUUUGUAGAUAGCAAAUAUGGAAUUAAUAGAACCGUCGACACAAGACCCGCUAAUCCGCAGAGAGUUCAAAACAAGAAAAGUGUUCUUUUAAAGGAAUCUGUACAGUUACCUUCGGACAAAUUUAUUGUGAAGUCUGAAGAGAAAAAAUUGAAACGUAAGACGAGAAUAUCAAGAAAACUUACAAGCUCAAAUGAAACUAAAGAUCUAGAAGAAGUGAAAGAUUUAAAAACGCAACCUCGAAGGCGAAAAUAUGCGUGGAAUGACUCAGUUUCCGCACCUGGUCUGACAUCACGCAAAGAUGAAGUUGGGCGAGAAUUAGGAUUAGAGCAACCAGCGGAGGCUGCUAUUGAAAAUAUUGUGAACAACUCAUCUCCACGCGCUAAAUCGCCUAGUGUUUACGACCAAGAGGCCCUCCAGAGCCCGAGAUUUGUAAUGGCUUUGCCCAAAGAGAAUAAACCUGUCGCAGCAGGCCGUGGAAUAACUAGAGCAAAACUAGCAAAACCUACAUUAAGCCGACGAUUAAGCGAACAGUCAUUGAUGCCACGAAUGUCACGAACACAUUUUCGUUCGUCUACCGGCAAUCUCGCCAAAGACAGAGCCACCAUGGAUGACGAAUACAGCUGGUACUCUCAUUUUAGUGUCUAUAAUUCUUCAUCUUUAGCUUUCUUGAGUCAAAUAAUGAACCUUUACGCUGAACAGUUGUCUCCGGAGUCUUCCUUCCGUCCAGGCGUAAAGCCCGUUAAAACCGACGAGCCGAAGGUACCCAAGAUCUCCGUUGCCUCUAUUCCCGGCGACGACUUACGCUCAGAAAAUGAUCGAUAUUCGCCCGUGAGGUCGGCGAUAUCAAGCAGAAGUAACAGUGCCACUAGCUUAGCUUCGAGUCGAAGAUUUCAGUCGGCUGUAUCACGAACAGUCAACUCGUAUCUAACGAGUAAAAAAUCCCUUAUAACAUUGAAAGUUCAAGAUGCAGACUUUUGA